AAUUCUUGGAUGUCACAACGAUUGGAGUGCAAAGUACUCAGAUAAUGGAACCCGAGAAAAUGGAGCCAUCAUGUGACAAAUUUAAAGAAAUACUCAACUCAGACUCCGUUGAAAUCGUCACGUGCGGGGAAAGUGGAGCCGAGCCAACGAAUUCUUCUUUCGAAACUCUCAAAGUUUACGACGUUCGAUACAACAAAAAACUUUCAUUUACAGAGUAUAUAGGCGUGCAAGAGAAACUGAAUGGUGGACGGCCAUUAUGUUAAAGCCAGCACCAUCCAUUAACGCGCAGGCAUUUUGAUUGGUCCAAUGGAACGCAGAUGUUCUUUUUAUUGGUUGUCCGGCUUGCGUACGUUUUAUUGGUUGUCCAGCUUGCACAUGUUUUUAUCUAAUACAGUGCUGAUCAAGG